CACCGCUUUGAACCGCUUUGAAGGCAAAACGCUGCGUUUCAUAGUGAGUUCCCAGUGUUGUGUGAAUCUGAAUUUUCAGUUAGGUCGCAACCGUUUCCGUUGUCGGAAAAAAUCUUCAAUCUAACGAUUCCAAAAUCAACUCAAUUUCCAUCUUCAAAUUCUCCAUUUUUCAAUUGGUUCUUGAACAAACAAUAGUUGUGUUUUUGUAGAUUAGAACGAUGGAAACUCAAAGUGCUGAAGAUAAUACUGGUGAUGUUGGAGGGGUUGAUGUAAUUGUGGAUCUAGAAUUGAGUGUAGCUCGUUUCUCUGAGAAAGUUUCAAACUUGAAUAUUUUCAUGAUGCAUUUGGAAUCUUUGGAAGCUGAACUAGAGGGUUUGGUUUUAGAAGAAGAAAACAUGGAAAUUGAUUGUGUUAUAAAGAGUUUUGAAUUUGAUUUUUUAUGUGGGGUGUUGGGUUCUGAGGUUAGAGAAUUGGGUUUGUUUUUGGACACAUUACAUGAUGAGAUUUCUGAUGCUAGAGAGAGAGUUUCUUCUUUCAUCACUUGGCAAGAUAGGUUGGUUGAAUGUGAACAAAGUUUGAAGUUGUCAGAGGAGCAGUUUUAUGAGGUUAAGAAACAAUCUGUUAGUUUUCAACGGACUUUGUCUUCUUAUAAGAAGGAAGAUAUUGGUAAUGUUGAAGAAGAUGAAAAUGUCCAAGAGGAUGAUCAAACGUUGAAUGUUGACACCAUGAUAAACAUGCAGACAGUUGAGGAACAGAGAAACAUUCUGAGGAUGCUAGAGAAAUCUCUAGCAAGUGAAAUGGAUCUCGAGAAGAACUUUAACGAUUCGAGGAAAGUUGAAGAGCAGCUAAAACAAAGGAUCGUUUCUUUAGAAGAUGAGCUAAUUCAAACUGAGGAAGAAGCAACUGAAGUGUGGGAAAGAUGGUUUGAAGCAGACAAUGCACAUGAGAUCCUGAUGGGAAUUUCGAAUGAAUUGUUGGCUAAACUCAAGCUUUCUCAGUUCAAUUUGAAUGGUUUAAGACAAUGUGAAUCUGAUCUUAGAGCUAAGCUGGAAACUUCUACGGAGCUCGAAAGCAGCACAGCCAAAGAUAGACUAAACCUUGCCAAUUCCGAGGUUGUCAAUUUAAGUGACAAGGUGAUUUCACUUGAGAAACAGAUACAAGAAUAUGAAGGCCAGUUAGUGAAGGUGAAGGUCUCUGCUAAUGAAUAUCAGCAACAGUACAACGCUGUGUGUUCUCAAAUUAGAGCCACGAAUAAAGUUAUCGCUGAACUGAAAGAAAAUGUAUUGAAUGCAGAAAAUCGGGCUAAUGCUGCAGAAUCUCAGUGUAAAACGUUGACAGAAACUAACGAUGAACUCAAAAAGGAGCUGGCUCUUUUAAAAGAUGGUGGUAGCACAUCCAAGAGUGUAGAGUUACUUGAGAGGCAGCUAAAGGAGUCCGAUUUACGGCUGCAGCAUGCAGUAGCAUCUGCUGAAGCUAGUCAGGAGAAGCAAAAGAUGCUGUAUUACACAAUUGAAGAUAUGGAGCAUGUGAUAAAGAAUGUUAAGUCAAAGGUUUCUAAAGCCGAGAGUCGAGCCGACAGUGCAGAGGAGAAAUGUAUCUUAGUAUCUGAAUAUAAUGCUGAUUUGAAUGAGGAAGUUAGUUUCUUGAGGAGUAGAUUGGAAUGCUUGGAGGGAUCGCUGCACAAAGUGGAGGAAGAAAAAAUGGCAACUGCAAAGGAUAUUGGGAAGCUAACCGAAGUUUUCAAAAAUUUGGUGACACAGGUCGCUUUUGAAAGAGAGCAUCUUAAAAAGCAGCUAUCUUCCUUAGCAAGUGAGAACGAAAUUUUGGUACUAAAGCUGAAGCAGACAUAUAAGGAUUCUUCUCAGGAAAGUGCAGCUUGGUCCUCUAACCAAGAGGUGACCAAGACAUGGAAAAACUUAUCUGCAAAUGAUGAUGAAGUAAAAACAGAUUCUAUGCCAGAUGUUGGGAGUGUGAGGAGAAUAGAUGCAGGAGUUUUUACUUUUAAGCACUUACUAAUAUCAGUGUUUGUCUUACUGCUUUCGGCUGUGACCUUUCUGUAUUUAAAAGACUUGAAUUUUAAUGUCAGUCUAUGAUUGGAUUGUCAUCAGAAAUUUAUGAUUUCUUUUUUGGAUAAGGCAGGAAUGAGGAGUGACAUCAUGUGGAAAGAUAGAAUCCCUUAUUCUGGGUGAGUUGGGGAGAUGGUACGAGGUUACAAGGCUAUAUACAUUGUAGAUUUUAAUGCUGUGUAGUAAUCAAAUUUUGUUCCAAUAUAUUAUCUUUUGUGGUAGUUA